AGAGCUCCGUGUCGCCCCGCGUCACCUCGCGUCACCCCGCGUCACCCCGCUCCGCCUGCUUCCCAGAGCCCGGCGCCCCGCCCCGCGCGCAGGCGCAGGGCCGCUUCUCGGGUCCGCCCUUUCCCGAGAUUUGAAUUUUCCCCAGCCAAGAUAGAGAGGCAAAUACCCGGAUGGUGAUCGCUGGCCUUUUCGCGCCAAUACUGUAAGUUCUCGCAGCAACCUUAAGAGAGGAAAAAGGCAGAAGGCCCUUCCGCUUCUGCUCCCCGGUCGGCAGAGCCACGGCUGGCCCAGCGAGGGGGGCCGGGGCGCGUCGCUUGGCGGAAGCCGAGUGUGUGAGUUCUGACCUGCCAGCCACACCUGCGGUUCCGCAUGCAGCCCGAGUCCACGCGGGCGCUGUGCCACGUGGCUGUGGCCAGCUGCUUCUGCCUGGCCGUCGUCUACGCGGGGGUUUUCGACGGCGUCUCCAUUCAAGUGGGCUACGAACACUACGCUGAAGCCCCGGUCGCCGGCCUCCCCGUCUUCCUGGCCAUGCCCUUCAACUCACUCGUUAACGUGGCCUACGUGCUCCUGGGGGUGUACUGGCUGCGGAGGAAGGCGGUUCCCCUGGGGCACCCCGUGCACGCGCGGAGGGCUCGCUACCUGAAGGACGUGUUCGCCGCCAUGGCCCUGGUGUACGGCCCGGUGCAGUGGCUGCGGGUCGCCACGCAGACGCACCGCGCCGCUGUGCUGGACCAGUGGCUCACGUUGCCCAUCUUCGCGUGGCCCGCGGCCUGGUGCCUCUCCCUGGACAGGGGCUGGAGGCCCGGCCUGUUCCUGGCCAUCGAGGGCCUCUCCCUCGGCAGUUACGGCCUCGCCUGGCUGCACCCCUACGGCUUUGAGGCCGCGCUGGCUGCACACAUCGCGGCGGCCGUGGGCCGGGCCCUGCACGCUCACGGGCGCCACGGCGGCGCCUCCUCGGGAAGGCACUUGGCGCUGGGCGUGCUGUCCUGCGCGGGCUUCGUGGUCCUCAAGCUGUGUGACCACCAGCUCGCUCGGUGGCGUCUCUUCCAGCGGCUCACGGGCCACUUCUGGUCCAAAGUGUGUGACGUGCUCCAGUUCCACUGCGCCUUCUUGUUUCUGACCGGUUUAAACACCGGCCGGAGACUUCCUCCGGAUGGGAAGGCACGUUAAAGCGCGGAGAGAAGCCGCUUCCAGCCACCGAUCGCCGCCGUGUCGCCGGUGUGAAAUUUCCUUCCCGGGUGUGACAGAUGCGAGGGCUCCGUGGAGGGCCGUCCCUUCCUCCGAAGCCACGGGCUUCGGUAUUUAGGGGUGAGAUGUUAUGCUGUGUGCCACUUACUUUCAAAGAGAUAAAGCAAAAUAGCUAAGUGCAGGGGGUUCAGGGACUCAUUGUCCUGCUCUUGUAACUCUUCUGUACUUUGAAAUUCUUUCCAAAUAAAACGUGGGGGUAAAACGAG